GUGGGGGCAGCUGGGCGCGGCCGUAUCGGAGCAGGCCCCGGGUUUUCUCUUGCAUGGGGUGAUUGGCAGAGCUAUGGAGUUGGCGUUCCCACGGAAGGCCAGCGAUGGCGACGCUGUUGCCGACUCGACGAACGACGAGGACUACAGAAAAUGGGUUCGGGGGAAAAUUGCCAGGAGUUGUAAGGUCACGAGUGAUCCUUUGUUCGGGGUCCGUGCGAUGGCAUCGCACUGGGCGGGGCGCCCGUCUCAUUGGUUGUGGUUGCGUCUGGAGUACUUGGAUGCGCAUGGCUCGUCUUUGAAGCACGUCGUCGCUGAUCACACGAGCCCGUUUGUGCUGGUCCAGUCGGAGAUCUGGAAAAUGCUUCAGGACCCCCCCGAGUCCACAUCUGUAGGCACGCUGCUGUAUCAUUACGCGGAGCGGCCAUCUGGAUUGCGGCUUGUUCAGGAGAUUAUGUUUCGCAUCCUCACAUCUGUCUAUGUGCAACACCAGUGGCGCUUCAUCGACGUGUUCCGAGACUGGCCGUUCAGGUUAGUGCGCGCUCUCUCUUUACCGCGUGCGGAGUUCGACCGCGAGGUGCGCGCUUUCUGGCGUGUCAAGGAGUGUUGCCUAGAACAGAAGAUGUCUGUGAAAUCCUUGGCGCUUCGGGGGCUCCGACGCCUGUGGCGGGAUGCCGACAGAAUGCUUGCGGACGACAGCUUCUGGACUGCAUUCAGAUUGUUUGCGAGACACGGUAUGACAUGCAACAUGCAUCUGGAGAGGCUGCUCGCUUCCGUGAAGCAGUGCGUCCCUGGGGCCCACCCCGUCUGUGAGCGCGUCUGCGCGAACAGCUUGAUGACGCAGUGCCUCCAUCGCCACCUGCAGGGAGAUGGCCAUGAUCCGACGAGAGAGGUCAGCGACGCUGCGGUUGCAGCAGGCGUGCCGCUGGUCAGUGCUGCAAGGGCUGCUGAGGCUGGUGCGAGGCUGUCGCGGCGCCCGAGCGCGCAGCUCCUGUGCGCCAAUGCGCAGCGCCAGGCUGGCGCGGGCGCCCAUGCCGAGUUGGCGUCGCGCCAGGCGGCGUUCGCACGGUUCCGCCAUCUUCCCGAUGCCGAGCGUCUCCGAUGGGAAGGGCUCGCCAGGGCGCGCGCUGCCGCCCGCGCGCUGGGCCGCGUCAGCGCCCCGCUUCCUUCCUUUGACUCGGAGGCGGCGCAGGCGGCCGCUGCUGGGUCAUCGCUGCUUGGAUUAGGGAGUCAGGACUUGCCGAUCUCGCCCGAGAACUUCAUGGAGGCAGCCGGGGCGCGUCCUGACUCGUCAUUUCGUUCGUCGGGCAUGUCCGCCAGGGCCGAGUUCGACGCGGGCAUCUUCGUCAAGGACGAGGGCCACAUUCCGAAGGCUGCCAAGGUCCACUUGGAGAUGUCAUGCCGGCAGCUUCACCCUGGCUUGUGUUCGGAUUCGGAUGCGGCGAUAUACACAUGUUGCGUGGACUCGGGGAUGCAUUUGUGGAGGUAUCUCUGGGAGUCUUCGAUGUUGUCGCGCCGGGUGUACCUCUACAUCGACAGCGCGGACGCGCCGGGGGGCCCGAUCGACCAGCACAGCGACUACUUCUGGGUCGCGCACUUGCGCGGGAGCGACCCGCCCAUGGCCUUCUUUAUGCCAGGUGACCUCGUCGAGCAUGGCACGGCCAUCACCCUGCGGGAUGCCCUGGGCCGUGUGUUCAACCACAUGUCGGUCAUCAAGUAUUUGUUGCGCCCCAUGGCCCCUGCAGCGGGGCACCGCCUGGUGUGUCAGCCUCUUCGCACGACCCCCACUGGACGUCGCGACGCGCCGCUCGCGCGGAGAGAGGUUGAGGGCCGAGGAGAGGUCAAGGUGAUCGUCGACGACUUGGUUGCCGUCCGCAGCUUAGCGCACCUGGCGGGGAGGAUGGCCUAG